AUGGCUAGCCGAAAAGAUGCUGGCAACUCCUACGAAGCUCUUCAAUCUACCCGCGAAACGCUUAAACUCUAUGAGCUCGAAAACAAAAAACUGGAAGCAUCAAUCCGAACAUCGAAUGCGAAACUGACCAAACAAUCUUUGCUCAUUCGUGCCCUCUACGUCCAAGGCUUAGAUCGGGGGGUGGAGCGAAUAGAAGAAGCUCGAGAAUCUACACCGUUGCAAGAUCCAGAACUUCUCAAUUUUGCGGGCUCAAAUCAUCGGCUGCACCGAGCACUUCUACCACAGUUGCGUUCUCAACUUCUCGAAAUGGCAGAUGCCCUAGAACCGACUCGGUUCGAAGAGGUGCGUUUUUCGGACGACCCAGAAACAGAGAUCACUUGGCUCCAGGAGAUAGCUAGCGACGCAUGCGAAAUUCUAUCGAGUGUCUUUACACAGCAGCGCCAGGCGUCCAUCGAACCUAGGCGUCAAUCUCGGGCUUACUAUACUCUACAUCCAUAUUACUAUCCCCAAAUCGUCUGGACAGUCGAUCAGAUACUGAUCGGUAUAGUCGAUCUAUUCGUCAUUCACAUGAUCUCAUUACAAGAUGAAGAACCCUGGCCUGUCGAAUCAGGACAAGCAGCUCUAGGGAACCUGUUACGAUUGAUCGAUCAGAUGAUUUCCGAUUUGCAACAUCCGCGCAGAAUGGUCCAAGCUAAGUGGCAACGGGUCGUGAGGGAGAUCGAACUAAUGGAACUUGCCGUAAUCAAAUGCUCGAAGCCCAAAGAAUUACGCGAAAAUAUCAAUCCAGAAGGGAUAGACGGCAGAAUUGAUCUCCAGUGGAUUGAGUGGGUUCCAAGAGAAGAGAUGGAUCAAUCUCAAGCCGACGUUCUCGAAAGUUUUUUGCCGGUGUUGAAGAUCUGUCGAAUCCUGUUGAAUAAACUAUCCAGGCCCACCAGCAGCGAACCUCUGGUACUUCUCGAAGACGAUAUGGACAUUUUGAAUGGGACAUACGCACAAACAGAACAAAUGGAACAAACGCUUAGGAUGUUUACCAUCGCCGUCUUAAAACUCCGCCCUAGAGAGGCACGGAAACGCAUGGCGGACUCCUUCGCGAACUUUGGAUACCUUUUACAGAAAAAUCAAUCCUACUUACGGGCUUGCGAAUGUGAUAAUCCAGAUGAUUCGGCCCUCGUUCAAAAAGCUCUUGCAUGGUGUCAAAGAUGGACAGUUCAAUAUCAGACUGCUGCUUCAAAUUUCAAAAAGAAACUCGCGUCAUGUUAUGAUGCUGAAUUCCCUUAUUAUGAUGAUAGUGGCGAUGAGACUGAGAGGGUUAUUUCUCAUAGGCGGUUUUUUGGCAUGGAUUGA